CUCAUCUUAACAUGUAGGAGUGACUCUGGCCGGAGAGAGAGCAGUACAUUGGGAAGAUGUGUAUGAGGGAAGACCUUUCAUUUGAAAAGCGGGAGUUGUUUCGGUUAACUUUGUGAAGAAGUAAGACCAUGCGAUAGUCCUACUCUACUGAAGAGCCAGUCGGGGAACUCAGAGUAACUUAACGCGACGACAAGACAAGAGGAGCGACGUGACAAACGGCAGAGAUGGCGGAGGGAAAGAAAGUGACCUUCCAGCUGAUGCUGGCCGUGGGAGCCGCUGUGAUUGGCUCUCUCCAGUUCGGCUACAACACUGGCGUCAUCAACGCCCCUCAGAAGGUGAUCGAGAACUUCAUCAACGAGACCUGGUCGGAACGGAACGAGCAGCCCAUCGACCAGACCACCCUCACCACCAUCUGGUCGGUGUCCGUGGCCAUCUUCUCCGUCGGGGGCAUCUUCGGGUCCUUCUCAGUCGGCCUGUUCGUCAACCGCUUCGGGAGGAAGAACUCCAUGCUGAUGGCCAACAUCCUGGCCUUCGCCUCGGCCGCGCUGAUGGGCUUCUCCCAGAUGGCCAAGUCGUACGAGAUGCUGAUCAUCGGCCGCUUCGUGGUGGGGCUCUACUCCGGCCUCUCCACCGGCUUCGUGCCCAUGUACGUGGGCGAGGUGGCCCCCACAGCCCUGCGGGGGGCGCUGGGCACGCUGCACCAGCUGGGCAUCGUCCUGGGGAUCCUCAUGGCUCAGGUGUUUGGCAUCGAGUCCUUCAUGGGGAACAAGGCCCUCUGGCCCCUCCUGCUGGGCUUCACCUUCUUCCCGGCCGUGGUGCAGUGCGCCGUCCUCCCCUUCUGUCCAGAGAGCCCCCGCUUCCUGCUGCUCAACAAGAACGAGGAGAACAAGGCCAAGAGCGUGCUGAAGAAGCUCCGGGGGUCCGCGGACGUGAGCGCCGACAUGCAGGAGAUGAAGAGCGAGCACCGGCAGAUGAUGAGGGAGAAGAAGGUGACCAUCCCCGAGCUGUUCCGCUCGCCGCUGUACCGCCAGCCCAUCUUCAUCGCCAUCGUGCUGCAGCUGUCCCAGCAGCUGUCGGGCAUCAACGCCGUCUUCUACUACUCCACCAGUAUCUUUGAGAAGGCGGGCGUGGCCCAGCCCGUCUACGCCACCAUCGGCGCCGGCGUGGUGAACACCGCCUUCACCGUGGUCUCGCUGUUCGUGGUGGAGCGCGCCGGCCGCCGCUCGCUGCACAUGAUCGGCCUGGCGGGCAUGGCCUUCUCUGCCGUCCUGAUGACCAUCGCCCUCUCCCUGCUGGAGAAGCUGCCGUGGAUGUCGUACGUCAGCAUCGUGGCCAUCUUCGGCUUCGUGGCGUUCUUCGAGAUCGGCCCGGGCCCCAUCCCCUGGUUCAUCGUGGCCGAGCUCUUCUCCCAGGGGCCGCGGCCCUCCGCCUUCGCCGUGGCCGGCUUCUCCAACUGGACGGCCAACUUCAUCGUGGGAAUGGGCUUCCAGUAUGUCGAGAUGGUGUGUGGGCCCUACGUCUUCAUCAUCUUCACGGUGCUGCUGCUCUUCUUCCUCGUCUUCACGUACUUCAAGGUCCCGGAGACGCGCGGCCGCACCUUCGACGAGAUCUCCUCGGGCUUCCGGCAGAGCGCCGGGGGGGAGAAGCACUCCCCCGAGGAGCUGGCCCACAGCCUGGGCGACUCCCAGCUCUGAGACCCCCCUCCCCCCCAAGCCUCCUCCCCCCCCCCCCCCCUCCCCCUCCUUAAACCCUAUAAACGGUCCAGGCCAACGCCGCCCCGCGGGGGGGGGGAGGGUAGAGGCUACACUGGUUACUGACGUCACUGUCCCUGUCGGCCCCGCCCCACGCAGCAUCCUCACCCGUCUAGGGAGGGAGGGAGGGAGGGAGGGAGGGGGGAGACGCCUCCCGUCCUCCUCUCCUCUCAUCCCCGUCAUCGCCACGGCAACACAGAACUCAUGGGCGUGUGUGUCAGAAGUGGGUGUUGACGAUGUCGAAAGAAGGAAGAUGUUUGGCGUAAAUAACCCGAACCCAUUUUCAAGAUUUUAAACAACUCUUGUGUGCGGCUUUCAACUCUUCUGCUGUAUUUUAAUGUGUAACCGCCUUCGGAUGCCUGUUUUUUUAAUCUCUUUUCGAAAAUAAUCGAAAUAGGAGAUUCAUUUUUAACUCUUUUAUUUUCAUUUUAUUUUCAUUUUAUUUGUAUUCUGUACUUUCCGGAGCCGUUGUGGCAGCGCGGCGGUCGCCUUGAGGAACCGUUCUUCCGUUUAUGUCUUUGUUUCGUUGCUCUCCACCAGGGGGAGCUAGAGUCUUGGUUUUGUUUGGCUUCUCCAUCAGUCACGUAAGUCCCUCAAAGAGGGGUGUGUGUGUGUCCGUGCGUAUGUGUGUGUGUCUGUCUGCUAUACAGAAAAUAUUCUACAUCACUGUUCCUUUUUAAACAUUAGAGCAAACUUCAGGAGAAAUAACAUAAUGAUUUGAAGAGCAGCUGAGAACAGCCAGAAGACAGAACCGUUAGUGUACAUUAAAAGACACUCUGUGAUGCGGUUCAGUUCCCUUCGCUCUCCACAGAAACGUAGUGGAAUCCUUUGCAGAAAAAAAAUAUUGAUUUGAUAUUGCAAGAAAGUUUUUCAUACAAGCACAAAUAAUUCACCUGUAAGGACGAUACAAGAUGGCCAAAUUUGCAGAUUGGUGUAUCAACGUGAUGGAUUAGAUUGAGUGAGGGCACCACGUGUGUGUGUGUGUGUGUCCUUGUUUAAGGUCAGUGAGUGAGGCCUUGAACGCAACACCAAAACUCUGUGCCAGGGGUUUAGUUUGUGAGUUUGUAGGUUCCUCCUCAAAAUUACUGUAAAGUGCCUUUCAAAUGGUUCAACUCUGAACCGCGGUGCCUUGAAAGUGGUUUGAGGUUUGACUUACUGAGGCCUUCACAGACGUACCUGAGGGCAGGUGUUGGAGCAGCCGGAGUUGGCGGUGAUGCCUAACCUGAGGUAGCUCCAGUCUGGCCCACAACCACUCUUUUACUCUCCUUCUCUUCUAAAGAGGAAGAGUAGAACGCUCAUAGAAAGGGACCAAAGUUAAAGGAGACAUAUUAUACCACCAGGUGUGGUCAGCCUAGAUCUGUGCUGGAUAGAUCAGUCGACCAGCCUACCCCGUGGACUGAAGUAAACGUUGCUCAUCUAUCCAGCACAGAUCUAGGUGGACACGCCCACUAGUGAUGUCAUAUGGGGCAGAUUAUCGAAACGGCUUGUAAGGCUAAUCACACUCACACCUGGUGGUAUAAUAUGUCCCUUUAAGUGCACUGUCUUCCCCCAUUAGUGCUCAAAAACCAGGACGUGCCUUCAAGACACGUCAGCUCUCAGAACCAGCAUUCGGUGGCCCGAUUGACCAUUACUGUAUGUGUCUGUGUGUGUUUGUAAUUGUGUGUGUCGGGGGGGAGGUGGGGGGUACUGGGAGGUGAGGUACCAUCAGAGACUGCUGUACAGACUAAGUCUAUUUUAUUGUAGAGGGCAGCACUUUAAAUCUGACAUGUUACUUAUAGGAGACUGAAGUACUGAUGAGUUACUCAUCAUAACCGAUGAGUUGUAUGAAAACAGAGGUUUGACUUCGUUUAUAUAUAUAUAUAUAUAUAUCUCUCUCUCUCUCUCUCUCUCUCUCUCUCUCUCUCUCUCUCUCUCUCUCUCUCUCUCUCUCUCUCAUUUUAACACUAAGGAAAGUCACAUUAAUCCACCCACGCCCAUAUGUUUUGAAAUUCACUGUAUCCAUUCCGUGCCGCAGCAUCACUGUAUGUACAGGGUAUGUAUUAAUGUCUCUUUUGCGUUACUUGUCUAGGAGAAGCACUGUAACAUCCAUUCUCAUUCAACGAUAACUUUAUCGGCGGCCCCUUACAUGAAAAACCGGAGCCUAUACAAAUACAGACUGAAAUCUACUGCAAAUAACUAAACCGUAAUAUACUGUGUAUGUAAAUAAUUUAUAGAAAUGGGUUGGGGCAUUUAAUUAGCUGAUUUGAUUCUAAAUUAGCACAACAACCUUUUUAAAAUGUGAUCAUAACAGCAAGGGUAUGAUUUUAAUAAGUCCACCAGAUGUAAAUAGAGUAUACACCCUGAAAUGUAAGUAUUUUAACGUAGUUUUUUUUAGAAAUUAUUUUUAGAUACAUUAAAUAUAUUACACAGCUGUAGCAAACACUUUAGGACACAAUAUGGAAAAUGCCUUGUACAUUUUCAGGAUAUUUUUGGCCAACACAGAUUUUUAAGCACACACACAAAUUGCUACUUAGAAACCUUUGAGUUCUUUUUUCCUAUUGUAGAGCAAAUAAUGGUUACACAAAGUGCCUGUACUUCCAUGUGGUGAGACAGAGUUCAUGAGGUCAUGUUGGAGGUAAUGGACGUCUGAAUAAAGAAUUGAUGCCUACAGUCA